UUACUAACUAUACCAUAAUUGACAAUAAAUCCACUGAUUGCCGUUGGUCAAAUGUACUUGAGAGCCCUCGAUAGCGUUUGAUACCUAACAAUAUACCAAUACACCCUUGUUCAUUCGCCGAUUCUCGCAUUAUCUGAAUGACCCUAGGAGGAGUACUUGAUUAGGAGAAAAAAUAUUUGAUCAUGGCGUUCCUCUUUCGUCGUCUUGAAAACGAUUCCAAUACUUCCUCUCAUUCUCAUUCUCAUCGAAAGGAUACCUUUCAUACUCACAACAUGGCUUCUGGAAAGAUUCGUACACCCGAGGAAGCUGGUACGUCUAUGCUCUUGUGUUAUCAGUACUAUCAGUUCUACAACCCUUGUUAUGCGGCAACUCUCCCCUCUAUGUUCGCCCCCCCACUUCACCAGACUCUGUGAUACUGACUUUAUUUUCUACUAUGAAUAGUGGCAAGAAUCGCAUAUUUGUCCAGCGAUGUAAUUAUCUCAGUACAGCCUGCACAUUCAAUUGAAUCGGAGUUCUCUUCACAUUUACAAAGAUAUGCUGGAAGAAAAGAUCUGAGUCUCGUUGCUGCCAGUGAAAAUGGGGUUCCUGAGGUCAGUGAUUUAAGGUUACAUUUAUCCAAUGUCGAAUAAAAGUAUUGACUUAUGUGCGAUCAGAUACAUACAAUCCGACACAACAAUGACCCUCUGUUAUCAGCAUUUACACCAAUCCGCAGUGGAAAACUAGUCACAGUUACCACAAGUUCCUCAAUACUUGUUUCUUCAGUGCCCCACCUAUACCGUCUUGCAAACUUCCCAGUGGUCAUCCACGUUUCAUUACAACCUUCACAAUACCCCGACUACUCCUCGAUAACUUCGAUACGAAAUUCUGGCUUCACAUUUUUACAAUCCGAAACACUUCAGGAGGCACAGGAUAUCGCCGUGACUGCCCAUGCUCUUGCUAUCAAGUCAGGAAAGGGUGUCAUUCAUUUCUUUGAUUCCAGAUCGGCGGAGAGUGAUAACGAUGUUGAUUUCGAGAACCCUGAUGUUGUUUCAAAAAUUUUGAACAUCGAUUCCGUCAGAGUCUUCCAAAGCAGCAAGAUUGGAGGUUCUAGCAUAUAUGCCGAUGAUGGAAGAAUUGCAACUAUUUCCGAGAACGCUGCGACGGGUGUUACAUCUGGUGGGGAAAACAACGCCGAGUCUGCUGUACCAGGUCAGACAACUACCGAGGUACCAUCCAAGGCUUCUUCUGUAGGAUCUUCGAAAUCUUCUUCAGUGAGAGCAAGUAGUGUGGAUAGCAGUACUUCUUCCGCCACAACAGUCGAUUCGCCAAAUGUACGGGCCGUGAGCUCGGAUGACAUCUAUAACUAUGUCUCGGGUAUCUGGGAUCAAUUAAAAUUGAUGGUUGGACGAGAAUAUAGCCCUUUCGAGUAUACUGGUCCAUCUAAUGCUGAAAAUGCUUUGUUCAUUUUUGGAUCAGAUGUUGGGUCGUUUGCUCGAGCCAUCGAUGAAGGUCCUGAUGAAAUUUUCGCAAAAGCCGGUAUCAUUACUGCGCGUUUAUAUAGGCCAUGGCUGGGUUCUAAACUGAUCGCGGCCAUUCCUAAAUCUAUCAAGAGAAUUGCUGUGCUCGAACAAAUCAGAAGGAAGACAACCAAAUGGGGGCCAUUACUUUUGGACUUGCUUACAACACUCAAAGCAGGGCCAGGAGGCGGGGUAGAAGUUAUUGUCGGACACCAAUUGGGAUUCAUUGAACCAGACACAGUACGACAAGCUCUCCGUGGCGUUGUACAGAACUUGGUUUCUGAGAAGCCAAUUCAAAAUCUUGAGGUUGGAAAUCCUGAUGGACCAAAUGAAUCUUCAAAUAGAUACGCUCUAAGUCAGCCAAAAGUCGAGUCUGCCUACAUGAAGAUAUUAGAUCAAAUUUUUGGUAAGAGACUUCAUUUGGCAAAUCAGAUUGAUUCGAAGAAUGCCGGCAUCUCUUCGACCAUCGCCUCAAACCCAGAAUUCGGUUUUGGUUCUCUUCUGGCCAGAAAAGAGCAUCGCCAAAGAUUUACCGAGGAAAUUAAGGAGGCGGCAAAAUCCAAUGAAUUUAUAACAGAAGCACCGAAACUAUGGCUUUCAAAAUGGUCUGCAGGUGCCGAUGAUGAAUUAGCAGAUGAAAUUAUUGCUCGCCUCGAGACAGAUGGGUCUGUGUUAUCACAAAAGUUACUCUCAAAGAAGGGAUUAUUCCGUAAAGAAUCUCCUUGGUUGGUUGGUUCUGAUGCAUGGGCGUACGACCUUGGAAACUCAGGGGUACACCAUGUCAUUGCAUCUGGUGAGAAUGUCAACAUGCUCAUCAUCGACUCCACCCCAUACUCGGAGCGCUCAGCCGCCGAUGCUGAGAGAAGGAAGAAGGACAUUGGUCUUUAUGCCAUGAACUUUGGUAAUGCUUACGUUGCGUCUGUCGCUGUAUACAGUUCUUAUACCCAAGUUCUCCAAGCAAUGAUUGAGGCAGAUCAAUUUAAUGGUCCAUCCGUUGUUGUUGCUUAUCUCCCUUACUUCAAAGAGAAUGAUUCUCCUUUGACUGUUCUCCAAGAAACUAAGAAGGCGGUGGAUCUUGGUUACUGGCCAUUGUACAGGUGGAACCCUAACAAUGAGGAGAGGGGAGAGGUUAACUUCUCCCUGGAUUCUGAGCGAAUUAAGAAGGAACUUAAGGACUUUUUGGCUCGUGAUAAUCAUCUUACUCAAUUGAUGAAGAAGCAUCCCGAGUUCUCAUCCAAUCUUUCCGAAGACUAUGGUACAGAGGUCCGUGCCUUGCAAAAGAGAAAGGCCAAGGAUGCAUACAAUGAGCUUCUUGAGGGUAUGCUCGGUGCACCUUUAACUAUUCUCUUUGCUUCAGACAAUGGCAACGCUGAAUCACUAGCAAAGAGACUGGGCAAUAGGGGUAAAGCACGAGGUUUGAAGACAAUUGUUUUGGCCAUGGAAGAAUACCCUAUCGAGGAUCUCCCCACCGAAGAAAACAUCGUGUUCCUAACGAGUACCGCUGGUCAAGGAGAGUUCCCACAAAACGGUCAUGCAUUUUGGGAAGCCAUCAAGGAUAACACCGAUCUGGAUCUCACAUCGGUCAAUUAUUCUGUAUUUGCUCUUGGCGAUAGUCAUUACUGGCCCCGCAAAGAAGACAAACACUACUACAACAAGCCAGGAAAGGACCUCGAUCGUGUUUUGGCAAAUCUCGGCGGAAAGCGUCUUGCCGAUGUUGGAUUGGGAGAUGAUCAAGAUCCAGACGGAUAUCAAACUGGUUACCAAAACUGGGAACCUAUCAUUUGGCAAUCCCUCGGGGUUGACAAAGUUGAAGGUUUGGAACCUGAAGCCCCACCCAUCACUAACGAGGACAUCAAAAUUGAAUCGAACUACCUCCGUGGUACUAUUGAAGAAGGGUUAAAGGAUAUGUCAACCAUGGCCAUUUCCGCUGCUGAUCAACAAUUAACCAAAUUUCACGGGACGUACAUGCAAGACGAUCGUGAUCUUCGGGAUGAACGUAAGGCGCAAGGUCUUGAGCCUGCCUAUUCUUUCAUGAUUCGUUGCAGAUUGCCCGGUGGUGUUUCCACUCCAAAACAAUGGAUUCAAAUGGACGAUGUCAGCAACGAAUUCGGAAAUGAAACCAUGAAACUCACCACCCGCCAAACAUUCCAGUUCCAUGGUGUCGUCAAAACUAAGCUCAAGGGUGCCAUGCGUGGUAUCAAUAAAGCUUUGAUGACCACAAUCGCUGCCUGUGGUGAUGUCAAUCGUAACGUCAUGUGCAGUAGUUUGCCAACUGCUUCAAAGUACCACAAGCAAGUUCAUGCCAUCUCCCAAAAGAUUUCUGAUCACCUUUUGCCAUCCACAACUGCUUAUCACGAGAUUUGGCUCAAGGAUGAAAACGACAAGAAGGUUCAAGUAGCUGGUGACGCUGUUCAGGAUUAUGAGCCUUUAUAUGGUCCUACUUAUUUGCCAAGAAAGUUCAAGAUCACUAUCGCCAUCCCUCCACACAACGACACUGAUGUUUAUGCUCACGAUGUCGGUCUUAUUGCUAUCAAGGGUGAUGAUGGUAAUUUGGCUGGUUUCAAUCUUCUCGUCGGUGGUGGUAUGGGUGUUACACAUAAUAACAAGAAGACAUAUCCUCGAACCGGAAGCAGCCUUGGAUAUGUUUCCAAGGAGGAAGCUCACAUCGCUUGCGAGAAGGUUAUGCUUGUUCAACGUGAUCACGGUGAUCGUAAGAACCGAAAGCAUGCUCGUCUCAAGUACACUGUAGAUGAUAUGGGUGUCGACGUUUUCAAGGGCAAGGUCGAAGAAUUAUGGGGUCAAAGAUUCGAGAAGGCCAAGCCAUUCAAAUUCCAAAGCAAUAUCGACACAUUCGGCUGGGUUAAAGAUGAGACUGGAUUGAAUCACUUCACUCUAUUCAUUGAGAAUGGCCGUAUUGAGGACACUGCGGAUUUCCCAAUGAAGACUGGUUUACGGGAGGUUGCCAAGGUUCACAAAGGCGAAUUCAGAUUAACUGGUAAUCAACAUCUGAUUCUCAGCAACGUUGCUGAUGAGGAUCUUCCAGCGAUGAAAGAAAUGUUAGCCAAGUAUAAGCUUGACAACACUUCUUUCUCCGGAAUGCGUCUUUCAUCCUCCGCUUGUGUCGCUUUCCCAACUUGUGGCCUCGCCAUGGCUGAAUCCGAACGUUAUCUCCCAGAACUCAUCACCAAGCUCGAGGGCGUUAUUGAGGAAAACGGCCUGCGUCAAGAUUCCAUUGUUAUGCGUAUGACAGGAUGUCCUAACGGAUGCGCUAGACCUUGGUUGGCAGAAGUUGCUUUCGUGGGUAAAGCUUAUGGUGCCUAUAACAUGUAUCUUGGAGGUGGAUAUCACGGGCAACGUCUUAACAAACUUUACAGAAGCAGUAUCAAGGAAGACGAAAUUCUGGAAAUUAUGAAACCAUUAUUGAAGAGAUAUUCAUUGGAGAGAGAGGAGGGUGAACAUUUCGGAGAUUUCUGCAUUAGAAUUGAAAUGAUAAAGGAGACGACCGAGGGAAAGACUUUCCAUGACGAUGUGAGUAUUCCUUUUCCCCCUAAUUCUUGGUUGUGAUUCGUUGGUCCUAACGCAUGAAUAAUAGGUCGCCGAGGAAGAAUCUGACGAAGAAUGAAGAAUGAAUAAUUGAUUGAUCACACAAAAUCCCAACAGCAUCGUCCUUUCUGCAUUGCUCGUACGCAUGGCGUUUCCAUGGGUUUAAACCAAGUAUUUCCAUCUCUCUUCUUUUCUCGUCCAUUAACUCAAGUACCUUGCUUGGAAAGAAGGUAUUUUGACCACAGUUUGGCAUUCAUUCGACUGUGCGCACCUCGAUGAGGUGGGCAAUGGUGGUUUGUUUGUCUCCUCCUUUUUGUACAUACUUGAUUGCCUAGCACUGUAGAAGUAUAUAUAUGGCCUUGUAGGCACGAAAAAUAUGAAAACUACGAAAAAUAAUCAUCC